AUGUAAUAAAAGGCAAAACAAUUCUUUGCUACUUACGGCAAAUUGGGGAUCGGUGUCUACUUGUCUUACUCAGUAGUCAAUUAUGGGAUAGUUUACUUUGCACUCAAAUAGGGAGUCGAUGUCAAAGAAGUUGGAUCAAAGUAUUUCCUAUCAUUUUUCAUUAGACUAGGAUUUGAUACAACACAAGGAAAAUGGGCAUAGUUUGAGACGUAUGGUACACCCACAGCAGCGUAUAUUAUUUAUAAACUUAUGGCUCCAAUCAAAUGGCCGAUGGUCAUAGGAACUACAGCUUGGAUAUGCAGAAAAGGGAGAAAAUGA